AUGAGUGUCGUGCGGUUCGACCACGCCGAUUGUUCGGGCGCGGUCCUCUAUGUGAGCAGUGCCAACCCGUGGGUGCUCUCAACCAACUGCACCGACGGGUUGGUGGCCAAUGCUUCGUCGACGCUCGACCGCUACUUGCCCAAUUUACAGUACAUGACAGUGCGCCACUCGGACGCAAGCGUCGAGGUCGUCGUUAGUGGGCUCUGCGUCGGCACGGCGCCGGCGUCCAGUCCCCGCUACGUCUACGCCGACUGCCACCGCAGCAAGUUUGCCGCCUUCAACGACAGCAACUGCAGCAUUCCCACAGGCAUGCACAGCGCUGUCCACAUAGCGUGUGACGUUCCAUACCGCGUCGCCGCGCCGUUGGAAUCGGUUGUCGAUUUGAGUGCUGCGCUCUACGAAAACCCCGACUGUACUGGCGCCGUCGUGUGGUCCACGACCAACAGCUCAAGCGCCGGCGCCGCCGAAACGUGCUUGAACGGGUUUCUCGCGAGCCCGUCGGACGAACGCCUUCUCUAUCAAGGGCAUCAGCGCUACAUGACGUUGCUGCAGUGGACCAAUACGGAGAUGCACGUCCUCGACGGACUGUGCGCCCCGAUUUCAACGACUGAGACAACCCCGUACCUCCGCGUUGAUUGUGAGAGUCUUUCGUUUGGCUACUUUUCCGAUGGCAACUGCACGACACCGAUGAGCAAUGUGUGGACUGCGGCGACGGCGACCUCUGCCAUCGCUUGCUGGUACGAGUCCAGCGUUGUGAACAACCCGGACGCAGCACUCGUCCUCUACGUGACACCCGACUGUGCCAACGGUAUUGUGUACUCAACGUCGAUGGUAUGGGAAGCAGGCAACGGCACCACCGCCUCGACAUAUAUGGCGCCGGGUGUCUGUGCUACUGGGUUUGCCGCCGAUAUCUCAGUCGCCACCGACGCGUACUUGCCGAACGUGUUAUACAUGACGAUCGACCACGCGGAGGCAGGGUUCGCCGAAGUUGUGGUCGAUAGCGUCUGCGUCCCGACGUCAAAUAGCGAGUCAACCUAUCUGCUGGCCGAUUGUUCGACGGGACAAUUCAGCUACUUUUCUGACGAUGCGUGCGUCCACGCCAUCCAUACGGGCGCCGAGAAGGCCACCGUAGUCUGCUCGGUCCUUCACCCAACCUCUGGCGUCUGGCCAACGUUUAUCCAUACGCUACAAGUCUUUGGCGGCCUCUCGAUCGACUGCAAUGAAAGCGCGAGUGUCACCUAUGCCAUGGCCAACAGCCCGGACGGCCUCCAGCUGGACAUCCCCGUCUCGAGUCGCCACCGGCGCCUUGUGUGA